GACUGCUCUCACGUCUGCUCCCGGCUCCUGUGCAGGCGCGGGCGCUCCCCGGGCCGGCGGGAGGGAGGGAGGGCGCGCCUCGAACCCCGAGCCCGGGCUGGCUCCACGCGGGGCGCCGCCCCCGAGACCCUCCCUGGACAGUGGAGCCCAUCUCUUGCGCUCAGUCGCCCGCGCGGAGGUUGGGGCAUACCUGCGGAGGUCGUACCUGGGCGUGAGGAGGACGAAGGGCAUGGUCCGACCUUGAGUCAUCCGAGCUCCAACCUGUACGCGUAAGGGUGGCCCCUGGGUGGGGUGAAGCUCCCCGUCUUUGCUCUUGUCUCCCAACUCGGGGUGGGCGGCUGGCUGCAGGAUGAACUGUCGCUCGGAGGUGCUGGAGGUGUCGGUGGAGGGGCGGCAGGUGGAGGAGGCCAUGCUGGCGGUGCUGCACACCGUGCUCCUGCACCGCAGCACAGGCAAGUUCCACUACAAGAAGGAGGGCACCUACUCCAUCGGCACCGUGGGCACCCAGGACGUCGACUGUGACUUCAUCGAUUUUACCUACGUGCGCGUCUCCUCUGAGGAGCUGGACCGCGCCCUGCGCAAGGUUGUCGGGGAAUUCAAGGAUGCGCUGCGCAACUCCGGUGGCGACGGGCUGGGGCAGAUGUCCUUGGAAUUCUAUCAGAAGAAGAAGUCUCGCUGGCCUUUUUCAGACGAGUGCAUCCCCUGGGAAGUGUGGACGGUCAAGGUGCACGUGGUGGCCCUGGCCACAGAGCAGGAGCGGCAGAUCUGCCGGGAGAAGGUGGGCGAGAAGCUCUGCGAGAAGAUCAUCAGCAUCGUGGAGGUGAUGAACCGGCAUGAGUACCUGCCCAAGAUGCCCACACAGUCCGAGGUGGACAACGUGUUUGACACCGGCUUGCGGGACGUGCAGCCCUACCUCUACAAGAUCUCCUUCCAGAUCACCGACGCCCUGGGCACCUCGGUCACCACCACCAUGCGCAGGCUCAUCAAAGACACCCUUGCCCUUUAGGCCUCUCGGGGGCCUUGGGUGCUCCUUGGUAGCUCUCAGACCUUGGCUUCUGGGAUUGUCCCGUUAGGCCCCUGGGGCUCUGGAACCUGUGCCGGGUCCUUGAUGAGACUUGGCAGGGCCCCCCCUGGCUUCCUUGUUUUGUGGUUGCCAGUAUCUGGUCAUUCUGUUAACCUUCACUGACGGUCAAGUCUGGCCUACACUGUCUCCCUGCACCCCUGGUGGGGGUGCUCCUUCCUUCUCCACUGUACAGAAGAGCCAUCUGCUAGGAUGGUAAAUAAAGCUGAGAAUGGGCGUUUGGGUUGA